AUGCUCUCGCACUCGUCUGCAGAUGUCCCGGUGCUCUCCCUCUCCGAUAUCAUGCACACAAUGUCGCCGUCCCCCGCACCGCAGCCGCCUCUGCCUUUUGAUUCGGCACAUGUAUCGCUUAUCCAGGUCGACCAAAGUGGAAUCUUCGGCUCGCAUGUGGACCCUACACCUCAGCGGCACUUGUCUGUCGAUCCUCUGGAACAAGUGGAGCUUGAGACCAUGCGCUUUCGUGUACACCAGCUUGGUUUUACGAGUCCGCAUUCGGCCAAUGCCAAUAUGACUCCCGCAGAACGGGAGCUUGCUGAUAUGGUUUUGCGUUUGACCUCCGACCCGUUACUCCACCCCUCUCCGUCGCAGCUUGCCUCUCAGGCGGAGACAAUUGCUGGGCUUAGUGUGCAGCGCAAUUUUUUGCUCCGUGAGAAGGAGGAAGAACAGGCGCGAUGGCAGGCUGAGCGCGACGGCUGGGAAAGAACUGCCGAAGCUCUUAUUGGCAGACGGCGUGCAGCGCAAGAUGCUGCUGAAAAAGACUAUGAGGCUGAACGCCAUAUUGCACGUUUACAAGAUGACAACAGGGCCCUUCGGCACAAGUUGUCAGAGUCUCACAGCCGGAUGUCCACUCUCGAGUCUGAGCUCAACCGUCUUCGUCCUCUCCUUCUCGUCCAACCUGCUCUUCUCCGGGACCCAUCAUUGCUGCAGCUCCCGGCACUAUUUUCUUCGAAUGCACCACCCAAGGCAAAACCAGAGCCUAAGAAAGGGAAACGGAAAAGCAAGAAGGAACGCGAAAAGGAAAAACAAACGGAAGAGAACGAGAGAGAGGCAGAGGCUCUGGCGCUGGCACACGCCCUCGCUCUAACGAAUGCAGAAGAAGAGACAACUGCGGACAAGGAAGUAGACGCCGGCACAGCCAUACACACCGUCGCCGGUGUGAACGCGACAGGCGAUGACCAGCGGGACCUUAUGCAAGUCGACGCGGAGAAUGACGCACCACAACUCGCAGUGGAGGGCAACGCUUUGAGCGAUCCGUCUGCCCUGCCGCUGGAGGGGCCUACAUCCGGUGGUAAGCCACAAGACAAUGAUGUAAAGCCUGAUAAGCAAGGUAAAGUCAAGGUCAGGAAGACGAGGAAGUCCCACGCUGGCACGUCCAGAGACCACGCGACACCUCUGCUCUCUGAUGCACGCGCGGAAUGCCUGCUCGUGGCCGCACGGAGAAUCGCACGUAUGCGUGCAGAUGCAAUUGCCGAUCUUGCAAAGGAGCGAGAGGAACAACGUCAGCGUGAACAGGAACUGGAAAAGGAGGAGCGCGAACGGCUUGUGGAAGCAGCUGACGCUCAAAGACUACGCACCCGCAGUAGCCGGCACGGGGAGCUUGAUCGGGGUGACGACGCGGGCCCUUCUACUCAUUAUGCAUAUGGCGCCAUGGCCCACGCAUCAUCUUCGUCGGGUCGAGACGCUCCAGCGUCUCUUCAUCCCAAUGCAGCUUCUACUUCCGAAACUGCACCGAUACACGGGCGUCCUCUGCAGCUUCCAUCGCAUCUUCACCCGUCCAUACAGCACUCUCAACAGCCACCACACCUCCCAUUGCAUCCCAACUCCCCUCAUACUGUGCCCCAAGGGUUUGUAUACAUGCAUCCUCGCUUUGCUGACCCUGUAUCCGGUGGUCCUGGUACAAGUCAGGGUGCGCAUGGAGUCCCUCUGCUAGUUCCCUUACCUCCUGGAGUGUGGCCGCUGCCUGGCGCGCCAACGAGCGGCAAGACCAACCAGGUGCGGACGCCGGUCCGGAAUACGGGAAGCUCACAAGGCGUAACCACACCCAUGGAUUCGCUUGUGAGUGCGGCGAGAACGAUGAUGGACGAUGUGGACGAGUCGAACGCGGACGAGGUUCCGCGAAGGCGUAAUGCGACCGCGGCUGCGCUCGACGCUCAAGAUAGCCCGGUUCCGAAGAGACGAAGGUCUGUAACAGCUUCAGCAUCGGGCUCAAGGAUGAAACCAAGAAGCUCCAGACGGGAACCACAGCCUGCAGAGCUGGAUCUGGGCGGAGGAAGGGGGAAAGCGAAAGGGAAAGGGAAGGGGAGGAGCGGAGAAACUCCCACGGACUCUGGCGACAGGGCCAAGGAGCCUACACCUCGAUCCGUCCCACUGUCAGCUACUCCUGUUCGUAGCGCGCUGGACGUGCUAGCGGAACAAGCCGCGCAGGAACAAGGGAGGUGGCCGUCCAGUGGUCCGGGGAGCAGACGGCAAAGUUUGGAACCCGAGAUGAGGCUGGCUUUGUCGGGUUUCACGACGCCGAGGGCGGACUCUGUCACUUCAGUUGCGAAUACACCUACGAAUAACAAGGGAAAGGCGAGAGCCAGCGAAAAUCCUGAGCAGGAGCUAACGUCUCUAGACCCCUCGGUGGAUACACGUCACGCACACUCUCAUCAUGAUUCGCAAAAUCAGACGAAAUUUACGACCAGUCAUAAUCCGUUUGUUGAACAUGACUAUAUGGUUGUUCCAGGGUUAACUCCAAGUUUCAGAAGACCGCCUUCCGCGCCACCAGCUCCAGUGGACGAUCCUCAUGUCGGGCACAUCGGAUCUAUUGCAAGGAUUGCAGAAGUUUUAGUUCGGCAGGGUACGCAGAUCGAUCUACAGGAGGUUCGGAGGGGCGUGACGAUACCCGUGCCAUCGACUCCCCCCCACCGGAGAGGAACCCGCGCUACCACUGAAGAGCCGAGUCCACGAAGAAAGUCCCGUAGAGACGAUCGUCUGUAG